AUGAUGGCCACAUCCGCUACUUUUAAUGCCGUUAAUCAUGGGCUCCAGAUUGGAAACAACUCCGGUUCCAUCACAGCAGAAUUCCACGUGGCGCGGGUGUACACCACCGAAGACAUCGAUCGAAUCUGUCUCCACGCUCUGCGCUGCCCGGACUCUCUGGCUGUGAAGAAUCGCCUGAAAGAGAGCAAGGACAGAUUGGUUCACCAGUCCAUUCAGUGGAUUCUUGAAGAUCCGCAGUACAAAGAUUGGGAAAAUGGGGACGACGUCGGCCUGCUUUGGAUUAAGGGAGGCGCUGGGAAGGGGAAGACCAUGUUGUCAAUCGGUCUGAUCGAGCAGCUCGCCCGGGCGCAGGAUGAGUCCACCGCGGUGAUUUAUUCCUUCUGCCAGAAUGCCGACUACGAGCUCAAUACACUGGAAGCCAUUCUCAAGGGGUUGAUUCUGCAGCUGGCGAAUCAGCAAACGGAGCUGAAAGAAUCACUCCAUCGCCGGUGGGACACCAUACAGGAGACGUUCAGUGAGGAUGUCACCUCGUGGCAAUCGUUGUGGAACAUUCUUUUCGAGAUGCUGGCCCGGUGUAAGUACUCUCGGGUAUAUAUGGUCGUUGAUGCGCUUGACGAGUGUCAGGAUGACGACGUGGUUGAAUUUCUCAAAUCCAUCGUGCGAAAGGGACUGGAUCAUCCCUGUAAGAUCAAGUGGAUGUUGACAAGUCGACCAUGGGACGGCGCAGAGAGGGUAUUAUUGGCUGGUCAGGACCAGGUGCAAAUUAAUCUGGAUGGGGAACACAAUUCCCAAUCUGUUUCAGGGGCUGUGGAGGCUUAUAUCACUUCGAAAGUGGAGGAGCUGAGUCGCCAGCACAAAUAUGGAGCGACCCUGAAGAGCGAAAUGAAGACCGAGCUUACUGAAAGAUCGGAAGGUACCUUCCUAUGGGUCAGCUUGGUAUGCAAGGCGCUCGAAAGUGUCUGCCGAGAUGACGCUCUGUCCACAGUUCAGAGCUUGCCGCCGGGUUUGCAUCCGUUUUAUGAUCGGGUAUUGAACCAGCUCAACGAAGGCGAGUUGGCUGAAGUACAGAAGUGUAUGCGACUGCUCAAAGCCAUGAUGACGGUAUACCGACCUUUGAAAGUCGAGGAAGUCGCUAGUGUGAUCGGCCUAAGCGAUGAUGAGGACACCAUUAGAGCAUUGGUCGAUUGCUGUGCUUCAUUUAUCCGGUUGCGCGAUGACAGUAUCGAGUUUGUUCAUCAGUCAGCACGAGACUACUUGGCCGGAGAGAAUGGGCUGUCUAUACUCGACUCUCAUGGACGCUUCGGACAUGAAAAAAUUGUCCUCGCCUGA